GCCAAAGCUAUGAAUGAACUUCAAAGGAACAUAUUUACUGGCUCGAUCAUCUAUCUAGAGUGUCUCUCUUGAUCCAAAGCUGCAGAUAUCCCAUUUUGCAGUUUCUGGGUUUGAAGGUUUUCUUUGGACAGAGAGAUAUGAAGAACCCUGAACUUCUCACAAGGUUAUUGGUGAGGAAUAGCUGAGAAUAUAGUUGCGUGUUUUGGGUGCUAUUUUCUUGGUUGAGAUUGGACAGAGACCCCAACGCUUUUGAUCCUGAGUCUCGGUAACGGCUUUGUGUGUGGACUUUUGAUGGAUUCAAACGAACCGUAUUGUUGGGGAAGUAGUAGUUUUAUUCAAAUGGGUGUUCCUCAACCCAUGGUUAAUGGUUCUGAAUACUUGGAAAUUAGUGCAGGCGAUCACCAUUUGUGCGGUUUGAGAAAACCCUUAAUGGGAAAGCACAGAAACACUUCUCUUGUUGAUUGUUGGGGUUACAAUAUGACUACAAACUAUGUGUUCGAUGGGCAGAUGCAGUCUAUCUCAGCUGGUUCUGAGUUCAACUGUGGAUUGUUUUCCCAGAAUAAGAGUGUAUUUUGUUGGGGUGAUGAGACUAGUAGCCGGGUAAUUAGUCUAAUUCCCAAGGAGAUGAGGUUUCAGAAGAUUGCAGCUGGCGGUUUCCAUGUCUGUGGGAUUUUGGAGGGGGUGAAUACAAGGGCUUUUUGUUGGGGAAGGAGCUUGGACCUUGAAGAAGAAAUUUCUGUUGUACAUUCGGGGCUGGCCAAUGUGGACUUGGCUCCAAGUGACCCGAUGCUUUUGGUAGUGGGUGGACGGUUCCACGCUUGUGGAAUCAGGAGCUAUGAUCAUGGAGUGGUUUGUUGGGGUUAUCACGUCGAGAGAAGUACCCCACCACCCAGUGGCAUUAGGCUUUAUGGUAUUGCAGCUGGCGACUAUUUCACUUGUGGAGUUCUAGCUGAAACAUCUCUGCUACCUGUUUGUUGGGGUGUUGAUUUUCCGUCCUCCCUACCAUUAGCAGUUUCUCCUGGACUCUGCAAGCCUAAUUCCUGCUCGACAGGCUUCUAUGAAUUUAGCAAUGGAAGUAAACCUUGCCUGUCUCCUGAUUCUCGUAUUUGCUUGCCCUGCAGCACCGGUUGUCCUGCCGAAAUGUACCCGAAUGCUGAAUGCACUUCAAUGGCUGACAGACACUGCGCAUACAAUUGUUCAAGUUGCAUCUCGGCCGAAUGUUUUUCUAAUUGUUCUUAUUCCAAUGCUACUGUUGGAAAGAAGAAUGGAAGGAGUUGGUCACUUCAAUUGCCAGUCAUUGUUGCAGAGAUUGCUUUUGUCGUGUUCUUGGCGGGUGUUGUAUCUUUGUCUGCAAUAAUAUACGUUCGCUAUAAGUUACGGAACUGCAGGUGCUCAGUUAAAGGCUUGAAAUCCAAAGAAAGUGGUGGGAAUGGUUCUUUUCAAAAAGAGAGUGGUAAAGUUCGGUCCGACUUGGAUGAGUUUAAAAUCAGUAGAGCUCAAAUGUUUACCUAUGGGGAACUUGAGAGAGCCACUAGUGGGUUUAAAGAGGAAUCUCAAGUGGGAAAGGGAAGUUUUUCAUGUGUCUUUAAAGGGGUCUUGAAGGACGGAACAAUUGUAGCAGUUAAAAGAGCUAUUAUUUCUCCAGACAUGAAAAAGAAUGCGAAAGAGUUCCGCACUGAGCUAGAUCUCCUUUCAAGGUUGAAUCAUGCCCAUUUGCUCAACCUACUCGGCUAUUGUGAAGAAGGUGAAGAAAGGCUUCUUGUUUACGAGUUCAUGGCUAAUGGCUCGUUGCAUCAACACCUCCAUGGCAAGAACACGGCCUUAAAAGAGCAAUUAGAUUGGGUAAGGAGGGUUACUAUAGCAGUCCAAGCGGCUCGGGGGAUUGAAUACUUGCAUGGAUAUGCUUGCCCUCCUGUGAUUCACCGAGACAUAAAGUCUUCUAACAUUCUUAUUGAUGAAGAACACAAUGCUCGUGUAGCUGAUUUUGGUCUGUCUUUAUUGGGACCUGCCAAUAGUAGCUCUCCUCUGGCUGAGCUUCCAGCGGGGACUCUUGGGUAUCUUGACCCUGAGUAUUAUAGACUUCAUUACCUUACAACCAAAUCUGAUGUCUACAGCUUUGGUGUUUUACUUUUGGAAAUUCUCAGUGGUCGGAAAGCCAUUGAUAUGCAAUACGAAGAAGGAAAUGUAGUUGAAUGGGCAGUUCCUUUAAUCAAGUCUGGAGUUAUACAAGUGAUUUUGGAUCCUGUUUUAAAACCCCCGUCUGAUCUUGAUGCUCUGAAAAAGAUUGCCAAUGUGGCUAGUAAAUGUGUAAGAAUGAGAGGAAAAGAGAGACCAUCAAUGGAUAAGGUCACAACAGCUUUGGAGCGAGCACUUGCACUAUUGAUGGGUAACCCCAGUAAUGAGCAACCUAUUUUGCCAACGGCGGUGGUGUUGGGAAGCAGUAGAAUGCACAAAAAGUCAUCUGAAAGAUCGUCUAACCGGUCAGCCUCGGAAACUGAUGUGGUUGAUUCCGAAGACCAAAGGUUUGAAUUCAGGGCACCUUCGUGGAUCACUUUUCCAAGUGUUGCUUCAUCUCAAAGGAGGAAGUCCUCAGUUUCAGAUGCCGAUGUUGAUGGAAAGAACUCGGAAGCCAGAAACUUGGGAAAUGCAGGAAGUGUUGGUGAUGGAUUGAGAAGUUUGGAAGAAGAAAUUGGGCCAGCUUCUCCUCAAGAACACUUGUUCUUGCAGCACAACUUCUAAUGAUAAUUUGAGGUAAAGUAAGAAAACAUGUUCAAAAAAAUUUAAUUCAUUUUGGUGGGCAAUGAUGGAAGAAAUGUAUAGUGAAGCACAGGAAUGAUGUAAUUUUCUUGAUUACCACUACUUUGGCAACCACUUCUACCAUCACUGCCCCAAAAACAUUUUAUUUUGUAAUUUCAGUUAGUUUUAU